GCCUUGCUACACCGGAAGAGGAAGUCUAAGGCCCCGGAAGUGGAUGGCAUUCUGGGUAAUGAGCUGUUUACUUCCUGCGGGUGUGGAGGUUGUGGCUGAGUGCCCUGCUGCUCUUCGUAUCGAAGAAGAUGGCCCUGGAGACGGUGCCAAAGGACUUGCGGCAUCUGCGGGCGUGUUUGCUGUGUUCUCUGGUCAAGACUAUAGACCAAUUUGAAUAUGACGGUUGUGAUAAUUGUGAUUCAUACUUACAAAUGAAGGGUAACCGAGAGAUGGUAUAUGACUGCACCAGCUCUUCCUUUGAUGGAAUCAUUGCCAUGAUGAGUCCAGAGGACAGCUGGGUCUCCAAGUGGCAGCGAGUCAGUAACUUUAAGCCAGGUGUAUACGCGGUGUCAGUCACUGGUCGCCUGCCCCAAGGAAUCGUGCGGGAACUGAAAAGUCGAGGAGUGGCCUACAAAUCCAGAGACACAGCUAUAAAGACCUAGCAAGAUGCAGGGCUGCCAGCAUCUUUGCUCUCUACCUCCUGCCUCUACCUGUUUUUGGUUGUUGGACUGAACAGGCAGGCUUCAAACACUCCCUGCCCUCCAUCUUGGAGAAUCAGUGUACUGUUGAGAGAGCAGCUUCCUGUCCCUGGACUUUCACUUCUUCGGACUACUUACUGGUGGAGGUGGGAGGGUUUGGGCUGGUGGAUUCACAGAGACUGAAUUGAGGGGAGAGUAGGAUGUUGGUUUUCCUAUCCACACCCACGGACAAGACUCUGGAUCAAAUACCAAUAAACAUGAACCCCUGAAAAUUUCUUAAAGCCUUGACACAUGCCUUGCCUCCACUUCCCUUAGUGGGGCACAGUCAGGGUUCCUUUGCUCUGUAAGCACUGUUCCAGCACAGCAGAGACCCUUUUGCUCCUGUUGCUGGGCCUCCAGGGCUGCAGCCUAUUAAAUCUGUUUGCUUGGGCCCUGUUGAAAGGCCUGCUGUCCUGGGUGAGGGGAUCCUCAGUGUGGUAGUCCUGGUGUCCAGUAGUCGUGUCUUUCUGCCUUCUAGAUCUGGCAUAGAAGUCUUGCUUGAAGAAAUCAAAAUCUGUAGGUGGCUUUGUGCUCAUGGCCCUUUAACCUUUUUUUUUGUUGUUGUUGGUACUGGGGAUCGAACUUGGGUCCUUGAGCUUGCACAGCAGGCGGCAAAACCACUGAGCUAAAUCCCCGGCCCGGUUAACCUUUCUUUUUUGACAGGGUCUUGCUAUGUAGUUCAGACUGGCCUUGAGCUUCAACUAUGUAGCCCAGCGUAAUCUUGAACCCACUGUGAUCCUCCUGCCUCAGUUUCCUGAGUGCUGGCAUUACAGGGGUGUGCCACCACGCCUAGCCCUUAACCAGUUUAAUACUUUUCCCCCUGCUUUGUUUUUGUUUUCUUUUUACUGCCCUUCCUACAUCUUUGUACUGCAUUUCCUACAUUUUAUAUUUCCUUCACUGGAGACCUUCAGGCCUUAGGUGACUGUUGGGUCUUGGUCUAGGUGAUUUGGGCCUGUCCUUGGCCUGUUAAGGGCCCUUGAAUAAUGAAUGUCACAUUGGCCAAAGUGCAUUGUUUCAGAUUUAAAAAUUUACUGUAGUCUCAUUUACUUAAAUUUUCACAGAAAUUCUAGUAGUACCACCAUUUUGAUUUUUCUCGUGAAAUGGGAGUGAUUACACCCUACCUCCUGUUUGCUUCAGAAUUGUGAUUAGAAAUAAAGCAGUGUGAAAAUCCUA